AUGUGUCCAUUAGGUUUAAUUCGUAAUGGUCGAAAUAUGAAUUAUUAUGAUGAUAAAUCAUUAAUGAAAUCUCUAGAAGAUAUUAUUGUUGAAAAUAUUCGAAAACAAAUUGAUCAAAUUGAUUGUCAUACAAAAGUAGCAAUUUGUUUAGGUGAAGGUCAAAAUUAUCAAGUAUUAAAUAAAUUAAACCAGAAACAUCAUUUUUUCGAUACCGUAUUAAAAUUAGCUCAUCCACGCUAUAUCAUGCAAUAUAAACAAAAAUUCAUUCAAACCUACAUUGAAAAAUACAUUGACUGUUGUCAAAUAGCCGUUAAAUUAUGUAAUGAGCAGUAA